UGGUGUAGUGUCAAAACAAAAUGUCAAAAUGCUGUCAUAGUUGGAAUAAAAUUGUACAUUUCUUGUAUACAAAUAUUUGUAUUUUUAACAAAAUAAAACUCUUAUCACUUUUUAUUAGUACUUUCUAAAAGGCUGUACUGUAAUAUGAAUGAUAGAAAUUCUUCUAUAUGUAGAAUUUGCCUAAAAGACGGCGCAAGUCUGCCAAUAUUUGAUAGUAAACAUCAAGAAGACAUUCAUAGCAAGAUUUCUUUAUGCUUGAAGGAAAAAAUUGAAGACACCGAAGGCUACCCACGCUGCAUCUGCAAUAAAUGCAAUGAGACACUUGAUAUUAUCUGUGAGUUUAUAAAUAAAUAUAGAAACUCAUGUAAAAUUUUACAAGAUGGUUUGCCUAUUGUCAAAACAGAGAACACCAGAUUUAGUGACACAGAGGAUUAUUGUAAUGAAGCUGAGAUUGAAAUUGAUGUAAAAAAAUUAAAAACCGAUCCACAUAUCUUGGACAAUGAAACUCAAAAGCUGCUAGAACUCAUCAAACCCUUACAAGUCACAAUAAAAAAGAUAAAACAUGAAUCAAAAGAAAAAACAACUAAAGAAAAGGCUCGAGCAGGAAGUAAAACAAAUAAAAUAGCAUCUUCUAUAUUAGAAGGUGAAUUUUCAUGGACAGGAGAAAAAUGGUGUAUAAAAACGAGUCAGGCUACAUCCAAACUAGCAAACACGAAACGAAAAAGAGCAAUACAACAAAAGGAAAUAAAGAAAGUUGUAAAACCAAUGAAAAAAAAACCCAAUCCAGAAAAACUUUGUGAUAUAUGUGGCAAAGUCUUUGUCAAUUCCGAUAAACUAUUGGUUCAUAAGAAGAAAGUGCAUUUUAAAAAUCCAGUAAAGUGUUCAAAAUGUCCUAGAAUUUUAGCAUCAGAAUAUUAUUUAGGGAGGCAUAUGAAAAGGAAACAUGAGAGUCAACGAGAUUUCAUAUGUUCAGCGUGUGGACGUGGGUUUGUCUUCAAAACUGAACUUUCAAGUCACUUCAGAAAAGUUCACGAUAAGGAAAUGAAACCACCAAAAGUGUUUGCUUGUAAAUUUUGCGAGAAGACUUAUAAAUGUGCAAAAUCUGUUAUUGUUCAUGAAAGAUCUGCACAUACAGGUCACAGGCCAGCUGAAUGCAGUAUAUGUGGCUCGAGUUUCUUUCAUGAAGACUAUCUCAAAGAACACAUGAGACUGCAUACAGGUGAGACUCCAUUCAAAUGUCCAGUAUGUGGACGGGGGUACGCUCAGCGAGGAAAUAUGAAAAGUCAUCUCCGCAUACACAGAAUAUCAGAGCUGGAUGCCACUACAUUGAGUAGAAUAAGACCAAAUUAUUUGAAGUUGUUAAAGGUAUAGUUUGGACUAUAUUUGUAAGUUUGUUGAUAGAUAUUUUCAAUGUUAUUCUUGAUUCAAGUUUGAUGGGUGAUUUUAAUGGUUUAUAUGUUUUGUGAUAGUGAAAUUGUUUUAAGUUAACAAAAAAUUAUAGUCUAAUCUUUUUAAAUUCUAAAUUUUCUCCACAUACAGCUGUUUUUAUAUCUAAAUUGUUAAAGGUUUGAAUGAAUGUUUAUAUUAUGUCUCAAAGAUGUUUGUUCUUACUUUGUGUCUUCCUAAGAUUUUAAGUAUUGUUUAUAGCUGAUUAUAAUCAAUGAUUCCAACAGCUGUCUUCAGAAAGUAGAUCGAUCAGAAUAUAUAUUUUUAGUAUGCUUAAGUAUGGUUUAGAUUAGCAAGAUUGGAGAAGUUAAUUAAACAAGAAUUUUUAAUCAUGUAAACAAUCACUGUAACUGGACUUCUACAAAUGUGGAAGCUUACCAGACAUGCGGCAUAUCACAUCUGUAUAAAACUACUGAAAUAUUGCCACUAGCGCAAAUGCAUCGGGAAGUUCUUGCUCAAAAUACUGCUGCAACUUACUAGUCUAAACAUAGCAGUUAGAAUUACAGAUGACUUAUUUAAAUUUUUUUUUGUCAGGAUCGAUCUGAAUAUUGUGAUUAGGGUUUUUGUUGUUUUGGGGAUUCAUCAAUAUUAUUUUUUUUAGAUAGGCAUAACAAAAUGUAGUAAACUUUCCAAAACUGUUAUUCUAUUGAUUAUUUUUUAUAAAUACUUAUUUCUAUACAAAAGGCUGUCAAGCUUCUCUUAGUUAUAAUGGUAAUUGCUAAUUCCCAUGAACAAUCGCAAUUUUAAAGUAAAAAGAGGAUGAAUAUCUUAUUUUGGGUAAAGGGAAACAUAUUAUUAUUGAUCCUUCAGAAAUCUUAUUGACUACAUAUACUGUAACAGCAAAGCUGUAAUGUUAAUGUGUGAGUUAAUGGCUCACCCUUGUAUAAUUUAUGAAAUUGUGUAAAAAUUUUCACUUCUAUAUUUUAUAUAUUUUAAUUGACAGAUUCAAACAUUGAUUUGUUAACUAAUAAAUAUGUACUAAAAUUUAUGUUCAGAUAAACCAGAUAGGGAAUUUUUAAGUUUAAGAAUAAUUAUUAUACAACAAAUGAUAAAAUGAGAUACAGUUGUGAUUCUAUUGUCUUCGUAUUUUUAAAUGUAAGUUGUUAUUUAAUUGUGUGUACAUAAGUUUGAGGGUACCUAUAGUGCAAUAAGGUUGAAUUUUGUUAAAAUUUAAAUACAGAAUUGUAUUUCUUUUAAAAACAAUAUAAUAUUUCCAAUUAUUCAUAAAA